AUGUUCGGUUUAGGCAAAGCUAAAGAAGAGCCAAAAGUAGAGGAGAAACCACCCCCGUAAGACAUUUAGCCUAAAUUUUUAGAGAGGUUGGAAAGCUAAGACAUGGUGAUUACGUCAUUCAUGUUUUCAUUCAGUAGUCCAGAUAAAUCAGGCUUGACGGAGCACACUGUUGAUCCAAUUAUUGAAAUCACCUGUUUGGAAAAGAAGAAAUUUACAUCAAGCAAGAAUGACAUAGGACCAACUGGAGUCGUUCAUUGGGGAGAGCAUAUUUUCUUCGAGCCUAAGAAACUGGAAGUUAGUGAGAUAGAGGAGGGAAAAAUCGUUAUAAGGAUUUUGAAUAAGGGUUUCUUAAAAGAUGAUACAAUUGGUGUCUAUGAGCUUGAGUUCACUCAAAUCUAUUUCUAAAAAGAUCAUGUAAUGCAGCAUCAAUGGCUUGCACUUUCUAACCCUGAAGGCAAGGACUUCAAUGAGAUUACUGGAUACCUCAAGCUGUCAAUUUCAAUAGCUGGACCUGGGGAUGAUCAAGUUCAGUUGACUGAUGAUCCAUCUGGCCUCGAUAAAACUGACGGUGACUCCAUUCUGAUGCCAGCUUCUAUUAAGAAACAAUACAAGCAACUUUACUUUAGAAUCUUAAGAGCAGAGAAACUGCCUAAAAUGGAUAGAUUCGGGUACAUUAAUCCCUACAUCCAAACUACUUUCUUUAAAUAGACGUUAAGAACUAAGACGAUUGAAUCAAAAGAUGGAGUAAUAUAAUGGGAUGAAGAAAUUUGGCUGCCAAUUCAAUGGCCUGUUGCUUCUAAUAGGCUAGUAUUCAAACUUUAUGAUAGCGAUCCUACUGGAGAUGACUUAGUCGGGUCUAUGAUCUUUUCAAUCAAGAGUAUUCUUUAAUGCGAAAAGCCAACUUUCAAUUGGGUUAACAUUUAUGGGGCUCCAGUUGGAUAUAGUGGAGAGAAUACUGAUAAGAUGAACAAUAAUCCUGAAUAUGCCUCAACUUGGAAAGGAAGAGUGCUAGUUCAAUACUUUGCUGAGGAUACUAAAAACCCAGAGUUAAAGAUUAAGGAGAUAGGAAAUGAAGUCAAACAGGAGUAGAAAUCUUGGUAAUCCUUAACUGACUUUGAAAUAAUGUGUGAAAUUGGAUCUGCAAUAUGUCUUCCUAAAUCAGAAAAAUAUAAGGUUAAGCUGACAAUCAAUGACUUCUCAUUAAUGACAGAGGCACCUUUAGAAACUAAGCAAAACUAUUGCAGAUGGAACAAAAGAUUCGAUUUAACUACAUUGACAUGUUCUUAUACAUCAAUUGAGGAUCUUGAAAGAGUAUACAUUUACUUAAUGGAUGGUGAUAAGCCAGUAUGCUACUGGAAAGGAGAUGCCAAAGACUUUUAGGAACCUGAUCCAGGUUUUAAAUGGCUACCUUUAACUUCUGAUCUUUCAGUAGGGGAGGUAAGUGACAACUCAAAGGCUGGAAUGAUUCAAAUAAAGCUCUGCAUUAAUCAUAAAUCAAUGAAUGGUGCUGUUGAUUUCAAGAAAUACGACUCAUGGAAAAAGCCACCUCCAAAGAGACUAAGUGCAUGGAAGAUCAGAGCUUAUAUUUAUCAAUGCAAAGAUUUGCCUGCUGCAGAUGAUGAUGGUACUUCUGAUCCAUAUAUUGAAGUUUGGUCUCCUGACAAGAAUAGAUAACUAACUCCAGUAGUUGAGGAUAAUUGCAAUCCUAUAUUCUUUUCAACACUUGAAAUUUAUUAUGACUUUUUGACUGCUGAUGAUUCGCCUCCGAUAGUCUUAAACAUCUGGGAUUAAGAUACCUCAGCCUUUGACAGUGACGACUUCCUAGGAAGAGCAGUCAUCUUUUUAAAAGAUGCUUCUUUAAGUUAGGACGACUCUAUCACUAUACCAAAAUGGCACAAGAUUUAAAUGGGAUUCCAUGAAGACGAGCCCUCAAUCGGAGAAGUCCUCUGCUCAUUCGCUCUAGUAAGAGAUGACUAUAAUUUCAUAGUUCCACUUUCUUACAUGAGAUUGACAGAUAAGAUUGACUUUAAAGAAUUUACUGUUGAAAUUAACGCUCUAGGUCUAAGAGGUCUGCAAUCCUUUGGACUUGUUCCUGUUAAGAAACCAUUUAUCAAGUUCAACCUAAGAUCAUUGCUGCCACCUGAAUAAGCAAAAGCCAUUACUAAUGUAAAGACUAAUCCGGGUGAUACUGGCCCAAAUCCAAACAUCAAUACAACUGUUACAUUUACAAUCACUCUACCCUCUGAUCCUCUCUUUUGCCCAAAACUCUCUUGUGAUGUCUUCGACUAUGUCUUUAAGGGAUUAUCAUAGCCUUUAUUAGGAACGUUUGCGAUUCCUAUUGGACCAAUUUUAGAAGAAACUAAAAAUAAUCAAGAAAGUGAAAUUAUCCAAUCUGACUAUAUCAUUAGAGAAUUGAAGAAGGUAUUGAACGGUGGAGUUUCAGCACCAGAAGAAGAAUAAAAAGCAGAUCCAAAUUAGAUUGAAUUUUAAAUUGAUACUAAUAAAGCCAAUAAUUCAAGCCCAUAGAGAUUUUCAAAACCAUAAGCUAAAGUUGGAGGAGCAAUACUUUAAAAAGGAAAGAAGCUGCUUCAAGAUGCUCUUUAGGCUAAGAUUAGAAACUCAUACCUUCAAAAUAAAAUGGAAAUUGAAUAGAAGCAAAAGAGAGAACUUGAAGAGCAGAGAUUAAAGGAUCUAGAGUCAAUUAAGUAAAGAGGUGGUGGGCAAGCAUAUAAAAAUGUCAUUAUUCCUAAAUAUGCCAUUGAUGAAAGAUUAAAGAUUCAAAGAGAAGUAGAGCCCCCUCCUCCUUCACUUUUUGUGGGGCUGGGUUUUAAUCAGAAGCCAGAAGAUAACAAGAAGCAUUAUAGGCGAUAUUACCCAGAUGAGCUAGAAAACAUCAAGGAGGUAAUGCCAAAGAAACCAUUCCAUGAAGAUCCAGUAAUGAGAGGAUAAUAAAGAGGGCUCUCUAAGGGAUUCUUUGGAAAUUUGUUUGGAAGAGCUAACACAGAUGAGACAGGCCAAGUUUCAAACCUCAAGUAGGUUGGGAAGUUCAAAGGUCUUAUCAAAGUAUACAAUAAGGAUGAUGAUGAUAAUUAUAAGGCAUUGAGAAACUCCAGAAACGACUUGAUUCUGAGAUUGAUUAAAGAUGUCUAUAAAAAAGUUAAAAAAGAGGAUAUGACUUUCGAUUUUGAAAAAAUAGAAACAUAGGAAGGAAGAAAUAAGUUCAAUGCUAUAAUGGAUGAUAUUGGACUCGCUCAUUUGAAUCUUGCUAGCUAUCUUAUUGAGACUAGUUAUGAAGAUAAUCUCGCCAAGUUAAUGCUCACUAAGACUAAAACUUUAGUUAGACUUUAUAUGGUAGAAGGUUUUGAUUUUGCUCAAAGAGAUAUUGGAUCAUACUCAGAUCCUUAUCUAAAGAUUUCCCUGGGAAAGAAGACGUUUAAUGAGAGAGAUAACUAUUAACUUGAUCAACCAAAUCCUAAGUUUUACAAAUACUAUGAUUUCGAUGCUGAAUUUCCAGGAGCUUAACCACUUGUCAUUUAGGCUUAUGACUAUGAUGAUCUCUUUGGUGAUGAUAUGAUUGGAGAGACUGUUAUAGAUUUGGAUGACAGAUUUUUCUCAGCAGAGUGGCAGUCAAUCAAAGAGAAGCCAGUUGAAUACAGAAGCCUCAGUCAUCCAUCAUCAACUGUCGGCUAAGGAGUUGUAAAAUGCUGGGUUGAGAUAUAUCCUACAAGUAAAGCAUCCUAAGAGUAAAAGCCUUGGGAUAUCACUCCACGACCUUAAAAAGACUAUGAAGUGAGAGUAGUAGUAUGGGAUACCAAGGAUGUAAUUCCUGCAGAUUGGGAAGGUGUAAGUGAUAUUUUCAUUCGAGGAUUCUUUGAUACAAAGAAUGCAAAGGAAUCUGAUACUCAUUACAGAUGCUAAAAUGGCGCAGCUUCAUUUAACUAUAGAAUUCUAUACACCGUUAGCGCUCCCUGCGAUAAUUACAAUUUUACAGUCUAGGUUUGGGAUAGAGAUUUCUUUGCUAGUAAUGAUCUUAUUGGUGAUGCUAAUCUUGAUCUUAAGCCCUUAUUUACUGAUGUUAUUGAGACUGAGAAAUCAUUCUCACUUAACAAGAAGUACUACGAGUCUUAUCUAAAAGACAUUAUGCCAAAGGAUGUUCCUUUGAAAUUUGAAGACGAGGACUCUUUCUGGGUUCCAGUUAAAGGAAAAGAUGAAAAGACUAAUGAAAUAGUAGUAAAUGGAUUCGUCAGACUAUCCCUUACAGUUAUGGCCAAGGAACAGGCUGAGUUGAACAAAGUUGGAGAUGCAAGAAGUGAACCUAAUCAUUCCCCAUUCCUUCCACCUCCUCAAGGAAGGCUUGAAUUCUCUUUUAACCCAUUCAAAAUGCUUAGUUAACUGAUUGGACCAGAGUUGAAAAGAAAAAUCAUAGGCUAUGGAUGCUUAAUAAUAUGCUGCAUAUUGAUUGUCUCCAUGCUUCCUCUUAUAUUCUCCAAUUUACUUUCAUAGGCAAUAUUGAAAGCUUUUUGA